CCUCUAUUGCGCGCGGCCUCCUAUAGUCCUCGCUACCUGUUCGUGCGCCGGCGCUCAGCUGCACUACUUCCCUCGGGAACUCUAGGUGGUCCCCUCCGUUGAGGCGCCAUUGGGCCAGGCCGCCGCGGACCCAGGAGGGCCACGAGAGCCGCUAAACCCGGGGCAACAGCCGCAACAGCGAACGCGAGGCGGGCUCGGUGUGGGGACGCAGGAGCGACACGCUCGGCCCUCAGCCGACUCGCGGCCAGACGUGAGCAAUCGGAGGCCGAGUCUUCUCGGAGGCGGGGUCUUCUUGGCCCUUGGCGCCGCUCCCCUAGGGCUCCUUCGGAGUUCAGCUGUCUCUGUAGCAGUGCUGAGGCGACUGCCUGGGAAGAAGUCCGAGACAAAAAUCUUGUUAUAGGAGUUCACAAAAAAAUACCAACAUGUCAUGUUCCAUGCCAUUUAAGAUGAGAUUAGUUCAUUUGGACCUCAAGGGAGCACCACCAAAGGUUUCAUAUCUCUCUGAGGUUUUUCCCCUGUUCCAUGCACUCGGUGCAAAUGGCCUCCUCAUUGAGUAUGAAGACAUGUUUCCCUAUGAGGGCCGCCUGAAGCUGCUGAGGGCCAAGCAUGCAUACAGCCCCUCUGAAGUUACAGAGAUCCUGCACCUAGCCAGACUCAGUAAGCUGGAAGUUGUUCCCUUGGUGCAGACAUUCGGACACAUGGAGUUUGUGCUAAAGCAUACAGCAUUUGCACAUCUCCGUGAAGUGGCUCUCUUCCCCAACACCCUGAACCCUCAUGAGGCUGAGUCUCUGGCAUUGGUAAAAGAUAUGAUUGACCAGAUUCUGGAGCUACAUAGGGGUGUCCGGUGGCUCCACAUUGGCUGUGAUGAGGUCUACUACUUGGGCGAGGGGGAGACCUCAAAACAGUGGCUACAGCAGGAACAGAACAGCCACGCGAAAUUGUGUUUGUCCCACAUGCAGGCAGUAGCCAGCCAUGUGCUGGCACAGCACCCUGGCACAACACCCUUGGUGUGGGAUGACAUGCUACGAGACAUCCCCCAAGAACAGCUAAAAGCAUCUGGGGUGCCUCAACUGGUGGAGCCUGUGCUCUGGGACUAUGGAGCUGACCUGGAUGUCCACAGCAAAAUCUUCCUCAUGGGAAAGUACCAGGAGUGUGGCUUCCAGAGGCUGUGGGCUGCCAGUGCCUUCAAGGGGGCCACAGGGGCUAAUCAGGCCCUGCCCCCUGUUGAGCACCAUAUUAAAAACCAUGAGCAGUGGCUACAGGUGGCAGUCAGUAGUCCAGUGGAUACUCUGCAAGGAAUCAUCCUGACUGGCUGGCAGAGGUAUGACCACUUCUCUGUGCUGUGUGAGCUGCUCCCUGUGGGAAUCCCAUCCCUGGCUGCCUGUCUACAGUUACUUGUACAUGGAGGCUUUGCUGAGGAUGUUAAGCUGAGAGUGGAACACUUCCUUGGGGUAUCAAGCCUGGAAAUAAUGGAUACUAUGAGUGAGGGAGCUGGUUCCUUCCCUGGCAGUGACAUCCAUGCCCUCGUCACACAAAUUAGUCUUCACCUGCGCAGCUCUGUGGAUACACUUCUGGAAAGGAACAGGUAUGUCACUGGCUGGUUCAGCUCCUACCAUCGCAGGCGGAAGCUUAUUCACCCAGUUAUGAUCCAGCACAUACAGCCAGAGGCACUCAGCCUUCUGAGUAGGUGGAGCAACCUUGUGCAGCAGUUGGAGGUGGCCCUGCAGCUGGCCUUCUACCCGGACACCAUAGAGGAGUGGCUAGAGGAGAAUGUGCUCCCGAGUAUGCAGCAACUGCAGGGUCUGCUGCAGGACCUGGGUGAGGCAGCUGCCCCACUGCCACCACCCACCAGCUCAGGCUGGGACACAGGUCAGAACCCCUAAAGGGCUGGGGCUUUGUUUAUCAGCCUGGACAAUACCAAGAUUCCUGCCUCAGUGCCCAGCCAAUGUGGGGCCUGGACACAUAUGCAGACAGGCUCCCAAACUGUAUAAACAAUAACCUUGGGCAAAGCUGAAAACUGAAAAAGGUACAUGGAGACUCAUUUGCAAUCUGCAUGUAGAGCUUUUUUAAUGAUGAAAUAAAAAAAAUAAAAAAAUAAAAACAGUAGAAGCAGAAGUCCCAUUAACAGAAACUUGGAUCAGUGUUUUACCACCACCCUGGCUUAUAGAGGGCUUCAUUCCUUCACCAAGGAAUGAGUCCCAAUACUGGGAAACACAGGAAGGGGAUAUGACAUCACCCAAGAAACAGAAUCCUUUUCUGUUGUCUAAAGUACCUUAAGAGUCUGUAGGCAACAGCUAUAAUUUCACACUUUUCAUUUGUGGGGAAAAAAAAUUCUCCAACUUGACCAUUUAAAAAGCUCACUUUGGCAUGUUUAAGGGACCAUGUUCCCAAGUCAGAAAUGGUAACAAUCACUUCAAAGAAAACCUGUUAAGGGUUCUGGCCUAACUAUUCCUGCUUAGCCCAAGUACAGUGGCCUCAGGGCUGCCUUGACCUCUUUGUCUAUAUAACUCCUCAAUUUCCAAGUUCUCCCUGGCCAGUCAUGGGUAUACAGCUUUUGAGGGGGGCUGUGUGUAGACCAGAGGUCCACAACUUUCAGACCUAGGAGCCAAGCUGGGAACUUAGUGGACAAUGUACUUUUGAGAGACUUGAGUCCACUCAGAAGAAGACUAGAAGAACAGAAAAGAACCACCAGUGGCUGGUACCAACUUCCGUCAGAAGAGGCAGUGGCCCAGACUGGCCUUGAACUUUCUUCCUGCCCCACUUCCUAAGGCUGAGAUUUAUAGGGGUGUGUAUCACAUGCCUAUCUUCUUUAGGUCUUUUCAAGGCCUGAGAGACUAAGACUCAAUUUCUGUAAAGGAACUCCCAGGUCUUAAAGGCUACAGGAUGCCAGAAGAGGUGGUCUUUCCUCCACUAGCAACUUCUUCCCAGAUUGGGUUAAGAGAGCCUUCCCUUCCUAACAGCUAUGCUGCAACACUGCUGGGAUCUCAGUCAAGUGGUCUAGGCAGGAACAGGGCAGCAGCAGCACUCUGAUUUCUCUGAGAGUUCUGCAGCCAGGCAGGCCCCGGGACAUCCAGCAUUCAGAGCUGCCUUCAGGGAAGUCCCUAACCACCAAGAAUGUCCAUCUUGAGAAGAGAUGGUCAGGGAGAGGAGACAUCAGGAUUUAUAGCAACAAGUCCAAACCACUAUGCACAGAAGGAGUGGGUCCUCCUUACGUGCAUGUGGGUGUCUCACUGUGAAGUGGAGUUUUGACUACAAUAGCCUGGGGUGGCAAGGCCUCUUGAAGGCAGGCACUAGGCCUAUGCUGAAGGAAGACUGGCAUCUUAUACCUUAGAUGCGCUUGGGUGAGCUUAUCCAAACCAGACUGUGCUGCCUAAGCCAGAGCUGCAAUCUAACUGGAGAAAGCACUGAUUUCUGAGAUCCUGCCCUCCUCUGGAUAGCACCAACUUCCUGCAUCCUGAGAGAUGCAGCUUUUCUGGGUUGUGGAAGAUGUCCAGCCCAUGGUUCUGCAAAGCAUAGAAGCGUAAACAAGCAAAAGGCAGGUGGUUCACACAAGAACUGCUCAAGGUGCUAUAGGCAGUUGCCCAAGAUCUGCCUGCACCCUUAUAAUUGGCAAGUCAGUUGGAGACAUGUCAGAAAUGGGUGACAUUUACCAGCAGUCAUUCCACAAUGUCAGCUCUGGUCACCCAGGCCAUCAGCUUCACUGUCGCUGCUUUGUGACCGUUCUGAGGGGCUCUCCAGGCGAUGCAGGUCCAAGAAGCUAGUGAUGAGUUUGGCAAUGGCUUCCACAUCACUAGGCCAGCAUCAAGAAAGCAGGUCACCGUGGCAAAGGGUGCAGUUCCAUAACACACCACAAAAGACCCACACUGUCUCAUCUCCUACCAUAUACCUACAACAACCCCAGGGGUCCCAAAUGGGCCCAGGAUCUCUGGCCUCAGUCCUACUCUUAACAGAACCCAACCUUGUUCUGCUGCCUCCCCUAUAGAUACCCUUGGCAAAGCUGCUCCUAAGUACAUCCAUCCUUCCUACAGCCCCAUAUUCCUGUCUACAGACAUUCAGCUUCUCCUCUGCUGCCCUGAGAAACCCAAAAGGAUAGCCCAGUCUUGCUCUAUUCUGCCCUUACCUGCGUCGGCCCAUGACUGCACUCUGAGUAAGGGGAUGGGAGAAGCCUGUUGCAAACCGGAGUACCACAGUGUAGCCCUUCCCAAAGUAACGGACCUUUUCUUCCUCCACAUUCACAUCCUGGAUGUCUUUUAACAGGACCACCACUGGGGACAGAAGGGUUUGCAGAUGAACAGUCAUCCCUAUGCCCUCACCCCAGGCUGUAGGACAUCCUGUUUCAGGAUGUCCAGCUCUGCUGAACAGAAAAGUGGCAUUAAUGACAAAGAUAUUUGCUAUUCCACAUUCUGGACUGUGGCUCCAGAAUAACUUCUGGAUAAGAAUACCCCCAGGAGUCUCAUCACUAAACUGUAGCAGUUUUAGGCAGAAAGAAGCUGGCUGGCCUGAGCAAUCCUACAGCAGGGAUCACUAAGCCCAAGCUGCCAUCUUCAAGCUACCUUUUUUGCCUAAUUUUACGUAAGGCUGGAAAACUUAUCUGGUUCCAGUGGAGUAGCCCUGCUAUUUCCUUGCACAGGAAAACCAUUGCUAACUAAUGCAUGGCUGAUACUGCUUUACCAAGAGCCACUGGGAAAGCUAGGAGAUCAUUCCACUGCUAGUGACAUGGGGCUAACCCUGUGGCUUGCUGCCUGUGGGGACUGGUUCUCAGGUGUGUCAGGGCUCCCAACAAGCAGCCUGGGGUAGUUCAGCCAGUGCACUAAUGCACAUCCCCACAAACCUGCUCUGGUCUUCAUUGGCUGUAUACUACCACAUUUGAAUGCCACAUUUGGCUAUAUACUGCCAGCACUCCGUACAGUCCUUGGGGCCUAACUCUUUAUGUUAAAAGCCUACUGAAGAACCUGUGGGAUGCACACACAGUUACUUGCAUGUUUGUAAUGCACAAUGCCUGGGCUGAAUACAUAGAGAAUAGACCUGUGAGAGC